GCCGUGACGUUUCACUCGGCGCGUGACGUCACCGACCGGCUGUUUGACUCGGAAGCUGCAAUGCUCGACAGAAACGCGUGAGGAAAGAAAAAUGACCGCCAGCGACCUCGAAUUCACGUCCUAGAAGGAAAAAAGAAAACAUUUUCCUUUCACUUAUCAGUGACAGCUGAGUACGACAGCCUUCAGUCACUUCUGACUAGCUAAAGGGCUUCACCGCGGUUCACUGUAGCGUCGUCGAAGGUACACAGUUAAACCGUAGCGUUGAGUCUUCCAGCGGUCGCUGCGUGCUCCCAUUACGGUGUGAAGCUAUGGAGAAUACCAAAACACCCGAACAUAAUGGAGCAGCUACACACUACACCAACGGGCUGCUGAACGGCUUUCACCCGGCGCAGUCUAGUCCGAGCGGAGGUGGCGUUAGUGUCGGUGGUUUAGGAGGUGGAGGAGGUGGAGGAGGAGAUGACAGUGGCCCGAACUGUAGCGGUGGCCAUAAUGGUAUUGAAAAUUUCCACCAUCUUCUUCACCAUCAGGAUGUCGCGCACAGCCACGGCUCUCCUGCUAAACGCUGCAGGCUCCGCAGACGGAUGGACUCGGGGAGAAAACACCGACCCCCCUUCCCAUGGUUUGGCAUGGAUAUCGGAGGCACUCUGGUGAAGCUGGUCUACUUCGAACCGAAGGACAUCACAGCAGAAGAGGAACAGGAGGAAGUGGAGAGCCUGAAGAGCAUCCGCCGCUACCUAACAUCCAACGUGGCCUAUGGCAACACGGGCAUCCGUGAUGUGCACCUGGAGCUGAAGAACCUGAUCAUGUGUGGCCGCAAGGGCAACCUGCACUUCAUCCGUUUUCCCACACACGACAUGCACAGCUUCAUCCAGAUGGGCCGUGACAAGAACUUCUCCAGCCUGCACACCACGCUGUGUGCUACUGGAGGGGGAGCCUACAAGUUUGAGGAGGAUUUCAGGACGGUGGCGAAUCUGGAGCUGCAGAAGCUGGACGAGCUGGACUGUCUGAUCCAGGGCCUGCUCUACGUCGACUCUGUCGGUUUCAACGGCCACCCAGAGUGCUACUUUUUCCAAAACCCCUCUGAUCCUGAAAACUGUGUCAAGAGGCCAUGUUGCCUUGACAAUCCCUUUCCCAUGUUGCUGGUAAACAUCGGCUCAGGGGUCAGCAUCCUGGCAGUUUACUCCAAAGACAAUUACAAACGGGUCACAGGCACCAGUUUGGGAGGGGGUACGUUUCUCGGUUUGUGCUGCCUGCUGACCGGCUGUGAGACGUUUGAGGAGGCUUUAGAAAUGGCGGCGAAAGGGGAUAGUACAAACGUCGACAAGCUGGUAAAGGACAUUUACGGUGGUGAUUAUGAGCGCUUUGGUCUUCAGGGGUCUGCUGUUGCAUCCAGUUUUGGUCAUAUGAUGAGCAAGGAGAGACGUGAUAGCAUCAGCAAAGAAGACUUAGCCAGAGCUACUCUUGUCACCAUAACAAACAACAUCGGUUCCAUUGCCCGCAUGUGUGCUGUGAAUGAGAAAAUCGAAAGAGUUGUAUUUGUUGGGAAUUUCCUGCGAAUCAACACAGUUUCUACAAAGCUGCUAGCUUACGCCAUGGACUUUUGGUCAAAGGGACAGUUGAAAGCCCUGUUUUUGGAACAUGAAGGUUAUUUCGGGGCUGUUGGUGCCUUCCUAGAGCUACUGAAGAUGACGGAUGACCUCUGAGGCAUUGAAGAACUCCUGAACUUUCUAACCAGAAGCUGCUGUAAGAUGUCAAAGAAAGCCUCCUCCUAUAACCAGGAAAAGCCAAGUCAGCUAUCUAAGAUGAUGUCUGUAUACUUCUUCCCUGUUUGAAAGCUUAAUGCAAGCCUAAUCUAGGUACCUGUAUCGGGUUUGGAGAGUAUUUUGUGUAUUUGCCACUAAUAAGAACGGUACAGUCUGCUGUAAGACAACAUGAAGAUGGUUAUGUCAAUAGACAAUGCCCCAUAAGCCAAAAUCUGCUGAUUUUUAGACUGAUGCUGAGCACUUCUGCAAAAUCCUUGUUGUGUUGUAUGUUUUAAAUAUUUGGCAUAGAACAUGACUUAAUAGAAGUAAUAGAUACAAAGUGAUGUACUUUGUCUCUUCCACCUUAUCUUAAGUCAUGGUUCCAUUGUAUUAUAGUCUUCUUUACCUUGUUCAAAAUGUUUCAGUGAGAUUUUGGCUAACUUUUGUGGUUUUAAAGGUCCAAUAAGUAAGAUUUUGCCAUUAACACUUAAUGGUAGAAUAUAUAACAGAAUAUUAAGGAAAGUGGCUAUCACUUCAUUGUCAUAGGGAUAGGCUGAUCGCUGUAGUAACAAGAAGUGAUUUAUGAUCUGGGCAAUUGACUCCCUUUUCCCUUCAUACCGGCCACACUGGAGUUAUGUCCAGUUCACAUGUUGCAAAAAAAAAACAAAAGAACAUGUGACCAACUAUGAUUAGCAGUUAGUCAGUAAUAUGCAAUGUACAGCAAAGCUGAUAAUUCUCUGAUUACGAUGUGAGCAUUACUAUGCACACCUCAGUAAACUAAACACUGUGGUCCAGCAUUAGUGUACACAAGAGACCUAGGCCUGAUCUCCAGGGCAGGAGAUUUGAGCAUAUUACUUACUGGACUUUCAUAUUUAUGUUUAAAAAAUUGUACAGUGUAAAUCAGUUCAGAAAAUCCAUAGGACAGAUUAGCAGUAUUAGCCAAAUCAAAUAUAUAGGCCUAUGUCAUUUUUGAGAUUUCUCCACCUGAAGAUUUAGAAGCUAUAAAUUUUGGGACCAAGAUUUUUGGUGUUUACUAAUCAUCAGCUUUUGAUUUGUUAGAUGAGUAGUUGAACGCUGAUUUAUUCAACAGUAACAGUACGCUCUAGUUUUAUCCAAAAGUCUGAGUGAUGAAUUGUUUGCCGAAUGACUACUCCUCUCACAUGACCAUAAUUCUUUUUAACCUUGAGAUGUACUUACACUGUAAUAGAUGUUCUUUUUUUUUAUUUGUUUCUAUUUAAACCAUAUUUUUGCAGAUUGUAUCAUUUUAGCAAUAGUCAUAUUCGUGGCAUUAUAUGAUGAUAUCAUAAUUUCACUUGAAACUCUAAAUUGAGCCUCUAAACAUGUCUCCUGCCUUUUUCCCCCGCCUUUCCAACAAAUGCCUUCAUCGACCUCUCUGUACUUUUCUCAUCGACACUCUGUAUGUUUCUUUUAAAGAAGCCCAGCAUAAUGUACCUUUAACAUGAGCAUGCACCUUUAAAUAGCCUUCUCCAAAGCUCCAUCCAGCAGUAAGAGUAGUGCUCUGUUUGGCUGAAUGCCGACUGAAUCCUGCAGACUGUGAAACAUGUUUCUACGAGAAAGUACCGGUGUGAAGAAGGGUUCCUUUAUCGCAGAGCGAUUGGAGCUGAGGCUGUUAGGUUGAAAGAGGGCUGGGAGUCUGUUGGGUUGAAAGUAGAUACUGAAAAUCUAGAUAGUCUGGAAGAUCCAGUCACUGUAACAAAUUCAUAAACACAGUGCUCCUAUUGGGAUGGUUUGUCUUUACUUUCCUCCAUUUUGUCUAUGUGUAGCUGCAUUUGCAAAGAAUGUGACGAAAGUUAAGUAUAUGCAGAAUAUCAGCAUUGCAAUUCUGCUGACCAACUUUGUAGUAUUUAAGGCAAAUAUACAGCGUGUUAAACUAAUCAUGGUAAAUGAAGUCAAACACUAGUAAUGCUUUCAUGUCACCUCAAAUGUCUAGUAUUCAAUCACCAGCUGUCAACAGCCACAUACACAUAUGUUAUGUCUAUUUAAAAUGCCUCAUACUCUGAAACACAUUUGUAGUUGAAGGCACAUGGACUUUUAAGCUUCUGCAAACAUUACAAUGCCAAUGGGAAUCACGCAUUCCCUUUUAUUGUGUAGAGAUUUGAACCUGUAUGUGAUGCUGGAGUUCAUUCUGUUUCCUUUACACAUUUUUCCACUUCAUCCUCCCAUUACCUCUUCUUAGUCCUCAGAAUUGCCUUAUGCUGUUGGUCACCAUUUUGACUUCUGAGUAUCUGUGUAUGCACGAUGGGAGUCCAACACAACACUUUUUUUGUUUCAAUCAAGUGUUACGGGGUGCCUUUUACUAAUGGAGACCAGACUUUUAUCUGUGCAUUUUCCUUCUUCAUCUAGAUGUCAUUGUAAAAAGUUAAUGUUGAGUUGGUCUGUUCGUGUUUUUUUUUUUAAUUCAGGAAAUUGAAUCCAUAUGUUAGUACACACUGUUCUAAGCUCUGAGUCACUGCAAACUAAAACUACACCAGGAAGAGUAUGAAUACAAAGCAGUGUGAGACAAGUUAAGGCACUACGGUCUUUCCCAUUAAUGUUGAAUGUGUGCUUUGUACCAGGCUUUGUGUGUCUGCUUAAUGCAUGAAUGGUAGGGCUUAGCUUAUCCUCAAGCAUGUUCAUUUUCUGUUUUUGUUUGCUCGUUUGUUUCUUAAUCCGAAGGGUAUUUCUUGAUUGUUUUUUGGUUUUCCUUGUUUUGUUUUUGUUUUUUUACAUUCACACCAGCCUGUUUAGUCAUAGUAAAUGCAUUAUCAUCUCAAACCUUUAAAGAGUUGACAUGAUUUAAUAAUAAAAUCCUUCCAGAA